AUGUCUGUACAAAAUUGGGAAAUUCGAGCAUGUCGUGCUAAAGACGUACUUCUGAACUCAGUUCCCAAACAAUGGAUCCUUCCCGCACACAAACUGCCUCCGGCGCACCAGAAAAAUGUCGAAGACUUUCCUCGAAAGAGCGGCAUCCUCAGUGAUAGAGAAGUCUCUAUUACCGAGAUGUCUGCUACCGCGCUUGUAGCAGGUAUGGGAGCGGGCCUAUUGAGUGCCGAGGAAGUGGUCGUUGCGUUUCUCAAACGAGCUGUCUUGGGCCACCAGUUGCUCAACUUUGCUACGGAGUUCAUGGCGGAGAGAGCCAUUUCUAGGGCUAAAAAGCUUGACGAGUACUUCAAGAGAACUGGAAAGCUUGUUGGGCCCUUGCAUGGCGUCCCCAUCAGCGUGAAAGAGCAUAUCGAGAUCAAAGGUCGAACCUGCAAUGCAGGCUUUGUGGCAUGGGUCGAUGACAUUGCAAACGAAGACGCAUUGCUUGUCCAGUAUCUUGAGAGAGCAGGCGCCAUUUUCCAUGUGCGAACAAACCAGCCCCAGUCAUUGAUGCAUCUCUGCUGCGACAACAAUCUCACCGGUCCCACGAGGAACCCUUAUAACCGCACCCUCACACCCGGCGGCUCCUCAGGCGGCGAGGGCGCCUCAAUGGGCUUCAAGUGUGCUGCUCUCGGUGUCGGUACCGACAUUGGCGGGUCCAUCAGAGCCCCUGCUGGCUUCUGCGGUGCAUAUGGAUUCCGUCCUACCGCUCUCCGGAUGCCUGCGACAGGAAUCAAAGUCCCCGGCCCAGGACAGGAGUCCAUCCACGGCACCGCCGGACCGUUGGCAAGCCAAAGUGUCGAAGAUCUAAAUCUCUUCCAACGAGCCGUCAUCGACCAGGAGCCAUGGGAGACAGAAACAUCCCUAGUCCCGUUACCCUGGAGGCAGGUAAAAGCCACCAAGAACAUGACGGUUGGCAUCAUGUGGGAUGAUGGGUAUUCCCUAAACCUCAAUCACUAUUCUCCUCUUAGAUAA